UUACCAGAAGAGAUUUCUACUUUUAUUUUGAUUAUUUUUGUUUUAACAUAUUUAUAGUGUGCCUCCCCAUUUUUUUUAACUCAGCCUAUAUAAAUGUAUCAAUUCCUUGUCUAUUUGUGCUACUGAAGGGACUCGCUGUAAGAGGUCUAUUAAGUAGCUACAGCUGAAAAGUUUUAGACCACUCGAAAUUAUCACUUUGCGUUAAAACAAAAACACGUUUAAUCUAGGUCUGUGUGAUUCUUCUAAGAAUCCCUUUAUUGCCUACCAUUCUCGUGUGUGUGUGUCUGUGUGUGUGUGUUUAAGUUGGUCUCAAGCUGACUUAUGAAGGAAAGUAGGCUGUAAUAGGCGAAGUUCGAGUUUCAUUUUAUUAUGAAAGAUUUUUACAAAAUUCAGCAGUAUUUUUUGGUGAAAGUUAAAGCUAAUAGAAUUAGUUUUGUUCUGGCCCGUUUAAGUUGCCCACACAAGUGGGGAUUCAUAUGGCUUCAGCUUUUCCUCCUCCUCCCCUCUUCUGUAGGAUAUUGCAUCUCUAGACUUCAGCAGCGCCAAAACCCAGACAGAAACAAUAUGAAACGAAUAUUUUUCUUUUGUAUGUAGUUUUACACCAUGCUAUCUCACUGACCAGCUGUGCCUAUAUCUCACUCCGUUAUCGAAAAUUAUGUCAUUCGACCUUAGAGGUGGAGGAGACGUCGGCGAAACUUCUUUUCUUAAAAAUAUUUCCCCCCAGUAUUUCCAACUCUUAUGAAACUGUAUUAUGUAAAGAGUAAGCACAAUCGAACUGAGUAGCAUGUAGUUACGGGCGAUCGGACAACGAAAUCACAAAAUCUCAUGUAUAGGCUAAUCGAGCUUUUCCAUUAUGACUUCACACUUAUAGCCUAAUUUAAACUUUUUGCGUCAUAUUAAUUUUGCUAUACCUUCUUAUACAAUAGAAGGGUAUCGAAAACGUACACCAAUAUGUAAUCUCGUUCGUUUGCUUUUAAUUCAGGUUUAUGAUCAAGAGAUGACUUACUAGUAGCUCGUUCCAUGUAGCUAGUUUCCGACACACACUGACCAAACUCAUCUUUCAUACAGUGCCUUGUCAUCUUUUAAAACGUAGCUACAUUUAAGCUACUACACAUAUGUUUUUCGAGCUAUACAAAUAUGAGUGCAAAAUAUUUAUUAAUUUAUAAUAGAAUUUUCUUUGCACAUGUAAAAUAACGACAGGCUGCAACAAGUCAAAUUCUACAUGAAUGAUCCUUUUUUUCUUCUUCCCCACUAAAAUGCUCUCCUACUAAAUGUAGACAUUUAAUUUAAUAGUUUUUAGUGUUUCAACAUUUCUGUUUCUGAAGUCAGGCAGGCGGUGACUAGGUUUUGUAACAGUCAUUGACUUCACAUUUUAAGCCUAUUCUUGUUUUACUACUUUUAAGCUGCAUUUAUCAAAGGCCGUCUCACGUCCCAUCGAGCUAUAAAAAGAAUUUAAAGAGCACAGCCUACUGAACAUUCUGAUCAGGAAAGUGUCUUACUUGUCUUGAUCCGUAAAACGUGGUGUUUCGGAGGAAUUGUCCUAUCUCAUGCUUCACUCAGCGUUUUGUAGGCUAUCAUGUUUCUGAUUAGAAUGGGACAUUUGAAGAGGUAAGGAUUUUGUUUCAUAUCUAAACUAGAUAGAAAUAAUUUUCUUCAAUUUAUUUUUUAUUCGGCUUAAAUCCAUUUUCAAUAUUCCGAUGUGGAACAUGUGACGAAUUAACAGAAGUGACCUACUUAUAGCCCACUGUUAACGCAAAAAGGAAAGUUAGUUGGCUAUAGAAAUAGAGCACACCGUUCAUUAAAUGACCGUUCUACGGCAAUCUUUGUUAGCCUACAUACAGAAAAAUUAAUUAUAAUUCAUGUUUCUAUAUGUAGGCUAACAUAAAGAUUAGUAACUGGCACAACACGAUUAUUAGCUCUUUAAUAUUGCAGUAAACAGCAACGUUAUUUUACGCUCCUCCUCUUCACGUUAAUUCAUUUGAUCUCUGAGGUUAUAAAUAAAAUAAAACUAAACUGCUUUUCGUUGCAGAUCAUGGGCCGCUAUAGACACCAGUUGCUUCUAGAUGUCACAACUUCAGUUUCAUAUGCGUUCCUUAAACUUACAAUGUGUUUAUGUUUGGUUAUAUUAAAAAAAGAAGAAGAAGAAAAAAAUAUAUAAGUGAUAAUCGUUUUUCCCCUAGUUAUAGUCUAUGUUUUUUCUUUCUUUUUUUAAAUACUGAUUUUCGCGGUUCUAUGUUUUGAGAUGCAAUACUGGGCCUACAUCCCCUUAUUGUAGCAUAGCCUAUUCCCUUUUAAUUCGUAGAGAACGAUAUUCAGAAAUCAGCUCGUUGUUAUUAAAAAUUAAUACGAGAACAGGCCCAGAUUUACAUAAGCAGUUCUUUGGCGACUGACGUGCAAAGGCAGGUAAAUUUUAUAUGAUUACUGCUAGAAUUUCAGAAAUGGAAAAGAAAACAGAUUUUCAAAAUCAUGGCAUAGCUUGAUGUUCCCUUUUCAAUUUAAUAAAGAAGUGAAUGGAAGUGUUUGUCAACCGCUGUCUGCUGACCAAGUUCACAUUUUCGCCAAAUACAGCUCAUUUAAAGCAAGAGGCAAAGGCUUAACCUGUAGGCUAUGUCAGGUCAGAAAUGUAUUGCUGUCUUCAUGUCUUAAGCAUUGCUUGGUAACUUUUUUCCUUAACCUUUUGUGUAAACCAGGUCUUGAUAAAUACAGAUAAACUAACUUGGUGUCUUCUCACUUGAGAAUAGCAGAGAGGCUAAUUUCCCCCCUAUGCUUUGCGGCCUGUGUGAGGAAUUAGAAAGCAGUAUUACGGCUAGACUGAGGUGAGGAGUCUGUCCCUGUUGGCCUGUCACUGGGGGUGGGAUGUAGAGCUUUUUUAACCUUUGCCAGGCUUCCUCUGUGCGGAGGCGAUGAGAGAUCAGGUCACGGUUUGUUCAUGUGUACCAUGUCUCUGACCUCCACCAUGCUGUGCUAUAGCCAGCCAAACAGGGACUCUUACUUUUUUUCUGGUGUGUGUGUGUGGUUGAGAAGGUGGGGGGUGAUGUGGAUUGAGAUCAAUGUGGCUGCUUUCCCCUUUCACCUCAGCAAAUUUGCCACACACCCACCCAGAGAGAUUGUCAGGGAGGUCCCCCCCUCCAAAACACACACAAGCAUCGCAAACAACAGGGAUUUUGUAUGUCGUCAUUUUGUCAGUGUUUAUGUAGUGAAAGUUUUGGAAGUGGCUUCAACGUCUGAUUUAAAAAAAUAAUAAUAAUAAUUCUCAAGUUUCCUCUCAUACUCGUCCUUUUAAGAGCAAGUCAUAAGAAUUGGGGAUGAGGGCUCGGUGACCAGCAGAGAAGCCUUUCCCAGGCACACCAUCUAGUGUUCAGUAGGAAGUUUUCUAUGGCUUGAGAGAGAAAGUGAGGGAGGGACGCUAAGGGAAAGCAGGAAAGUUGAGGGCGGGUGGAAGAUAGUAAGGGACACACAAGGAGGUUCUGAGUGAACGGUAACUCACUCUUCGAAGUCACAACUAGCAAGGCGCCUGCAGCUGAGAAAAGGGACACAGAGACCAACCCGGACGACUCCCCCUGUAAAGAUUCGGGUGCCCAUGUCUGCAGCAGAUGUUGCGCAGAAUUCUUUGAACUAUCGGAUCUUGAACAACACCAGAAGAAUUGCACUAAGAAUCAAUUAGUUCUAAUUGUUAAUGAAAAUCCAGUGUCUCCUUCCGGAACCUUCUCCCCAGGCUCCUCUCCUCAUAAUCCUGAUGAGCAGAUGAAUGAUACAACUAAUAACACAGAUCAAGCAGAGUUGACCGACCUUUUGGAGCAGAACGUACUUGACAAAGAGGAGGCCAUGGACACCGAGAUGUCAGGAGUCUCUGCACCCCAAAAUGAUGGAAGUGGACGUAUGGCAGGUGGCAGCCCACUCAGUGGCGUUGGAAGCAGCCAUGGAGCUCUGGGCAGCACUGGAUCUAAUCUGGGGAACUCUGUCAUCUCUGCCUCACUACCUCAGCUGGGUAACUUGACUGAGCUGGGUAAUUUUUCCAUGAUCAACAGCAACGUCAUUAUUGAAAACCUACAGAGCACCAAAGUGGCAGUGGCCCAGUUCUCUCAAGAGACCAGAACAGCGGGAGGGCAAAGGGUGGCUGUGCCAGCCCUCAUGGAGCAGCUUUUGGCCCUACAGCAGCAGCAGAUACAUCAGCUACAACUCAUCGAGCAGAUUCGUCACCAGAUUCUUCUGCUAGCCUCACAGUCACCUGAGCUCCAAGCACCACCUAGUUCUUCCCCUGUGACUUUAGGUUCAGGUACUAGCCCACUAACCACUCUUAGUUCCCAUUUGUCUCAACAGUUGGCAGCUGCUGCAGGGUUAGCACAGAGCAUAGCUAGCCAGUCUGCAAGCAUUAGCAGUUUGAAACAGAUGGCUAAUGUUGUGCAGCUACCUCAGAACAAUUCCAGUGUGGGAGAGUCAUCUCAAAACCUUGGAGCAGCAGGGCCAGCUACAGUUAAUGCCCCACCUUCAGACAAGAGACCAGGUAAUGCAGGAAGCUUGCAUCCUCAGUUGGGAAAUCCAUCAUUGGUGAAGUCAUCCACACCAGCCUUUGCAAUGGGAAGCCUAUUGAAUCCUGUGGCUAAUACCCUUCUACCUCAGCCCCCACCAGGCAACCCAAUAUUUUCCAGUGCACUGCCCAGUGUCGGUACCACAGUUGAAGAUCUCAACUCACUGGCUGCACUUGCUCAGCAAAGAAAAGGCAAGCCACCUAAUGUCUCUUCUUUUGAACCGAAGAGUAGCUCUGAGGAUACGUUUUUCAAGCAUAAGUGCCGGUUUUGUGGCAAGGUGUUUGGUAGUGACAGUGCUUUGCAGAUUCACUUACGUUCUCACACAGGUGAGAGGCCAUACAAAUGCAACAUAUGCGGCAACCGCUUUUCCACCCGCGGUAACUUGAAGGUUCAUUUUCAGCGUCAUAAAGAGAAGUAUCCACACAUUCAGAUGAACCCAUAUCCUGUACCAGAGCAUCUAGACAAUAUUCCUACGAGUACUGGCAUUCCCUAUGGUAUGUCUAUGCCUCCCGAGAAGCCAGUGACUAGCUGGCUCGAUAGUAAACCUGUUCUGUCUACUCUGACAUCUUCUGUUGGCAUGUUACUUCCACCAACUAUACCAAGCCUGCCUCCAUUCAUCAAGAAGGAAGAGAAUAGCUCAGUGGCUAUAAGCAGCCCUUCUCAUUCUGCUAAAAGUGACUCAGGUCCUGCAGAUGCACCCAUGAAGAACACAGAUAAUGUGUUGGAAGAAGGGGAGAGCACAACCCUGACUACCUCAUAUGAAAAAGUUGAAGAAAACAUCCGUUCAUCCAGUCUAAUGACAAGCAUGAGCUCUGCAGUGGAGGGUACCAUUGAGUACACCACCUCCAACAGCCCUCCAAUGGCCAUUAACCCACUCAUGCCCCUGAUGUCAGAACAGUUCAAAGCUAAGUUUCCUUUCGGGGGUCUCCUUGAUCCUCUCCAAGGUUCAGAGACAUCUAAGCUUCAGCAACUCGUUGAGAACAUCGACAGGAAAGUGACAGACCCUAAUGAGUGUGUUAUCUGCCACCGUGUUCUCAGCUGCCAUAGUGCACUCAAAAUGCACUACCGCACACACACCGGGGAGAGGCCUUUCAAAUGUAAAGUGUGUGGUCGUGCCUUCACCACCAAGGGCAACCUCAAGACUCAUUACAGUGUCCAUCGAGCUAUGCCGCCACUGAGGGUCCAGCAUUCCUGUCCUAUUUGCCAGAAGAAGUUCACAAACGCUGUGGUCCUUCAGCAGCACAUUCGCAUGCACAUGGGUGGCCAGAUCCCUAACACCCCUCUUCCUGACAACUAUCCAGAAUCCAUGGGAUCCGAUGCUGGCUCAUUUGAUGAGAGAAACUUUGAUGAUCUUGACAACUUCUCUGAUGAAAACAUGGAAGGAAUCGAGGAUGGACCAUACAGCAGCAUUCCAGACACACCAAAGUCAGUUGAUGCAUCUCAAGACAGCCUCUGUUCAUCCCCUACUCCACAGGAGUCAUUAGGCAUGGAGAGCCAGGAGAAGAGUGCCAACCAGGGAGUAGAAGAAGACGACGAACAGUGUGACCAAGGGAAAUUAAUAGAGAACGGAGUAAUGGAAGGAGACAGACUCACAAAUGACUCCUCUUCUCUUGGAGGCGACAUCGAAAGCCAAAGUGCCGGAAGUCCAGCUGUCUCUGAAUCUACCUCUUCCAUGCAAGCUCCAUCACCCUCUAAUGGUACUAUCCAACAGCAAAAGUCUCCUAGUCUGGAGGACCGGCAGCAGAGGGCAUUGUCAUUGGACCACAUUAGUGCGGGUCUCAUGCAGUCUCAUUCUCACAGUCCUGGAGCUCUGGAUCUUACUUCAAUUAACUCAUCAAAAGAUCCUCUUAGCAUGCUUUUCCCCUUCCGUGAGCGAGGCACCUUGAAGAAUACAGCAUGUGACAUCUGUGGCAAAACGUUUGCCUGCCAGAGUGCCUUGGAUAUCCAUUACCGAAGCCAUACCAAAGAGAGACCGUUCAUUUGUACAGUAUGCAACCGGGGCUUUUCCACCAAGGGGAACUUGAAGCAACAUAUGUUGACCCACCAGAUGCGAGAUUUGCCCUCCCAGCUCUUUGAGCCUAACACCAGUCUUGCCUCCAGCCCAACUCCAUCGCUUCUAUCUGUUGGACCCUUGUCCUCAAUGAUGAAGACUGAGAUCAACGGCUUUCUGCAUGGCCUUCAACCUGAAGUAAAAGACUUGCCCCCGGCACUGGUGACCUCAUCUGCUUCCACCUCUCCAGUACUUUCAGCCGCCCCACCACGGAGGACGCCUAAGCAGCACUACUGUAACACUUGUGGGAAGACAUUUUCCUCCUCCAGUGCCCUGCAAAUCCACGAGAGAACCCAUACGGGAGAGAAGCCCUUUGCUUGCACCAUCUGUGGACGAGCAUUUACCACCAAAGGAAAUCUCAAGGUGCAUAUGGGUACCCACAUGUGGAACAGUGCUCCUGCACGGCGUGGUCGCAGGCUUUCAGUAGAUGGUCCCAUGGCUUUCCUGGGCGCAAACCCUGUAAAGUUCCCUGAGCUCUUCCAAAAGGACCUAACUGGUAGGGCUGGAAACGGAGACCCAACCAGCUUCUGGAAUCAGUAUGCUGCUGCUUUCUCUAACGGCCUGGCCAUGAAGACCAACGAGAUCUCUGUGAUCCAGAAUGGAGGCCUGCCCCCUCCACUGUCAGGGAGCGUGGGCAAUGGAGGCAGUUCUCCGAUCGGAGGCUUGACAGGCAGCAUGGAAAAGCUGCAUAACUCUGAGCCCAAUCCUGCUCUGGCUGGCCUAGAGAAAAUGGCCAACACCGAGAAUGGGACUCACUUCCGCUUCACACGCUUCAUGGAGGACAAGGAGAUAGUGACCAACUAGAGAAUCAUUUUUGUUGUGCUCAUGAACAAAUAUACACUCUUAAACUGGCACACACAUGCUCCCGUAUGCGUCCAUGAAAGAAAGAAUGAAAAGCAAGAAGAAAAAAAACUAUCUGCUUUUGCUUGCCAUUAAGACUUUAUGAAGACGAGUUUGAAAAGAACUUGCUUUUUUUUGUACAAUGUACAACAUGUUAUAGUUUUAUGGAGCUUAUUUAUUAGUGAUUAUAACCUUGCUCGAAAAACCAAGUGGAAAUAUUAACAGUUACUUAGUUUUUAUGUUAUUUUCUGUUUUAUCAGCAGAGUGAAUCUGUAUGAGUGUUUUAAAGUGUGCUUUUGACACUUAGCUUUUCUUGGUAGAAGACUUCACCAUGGCAUUAAAUUAUUUUCUAUCUGUAGUAUGUGUUAACAAAACUUGAUGUUCAUGUAAUGAUUUAGAGCUUAAAAAGUGCAACAUAAGGCUGUAAAUACUGUACACUUAUCUGUGCUAGAUGGUUUACACGCUGUGUAGAAACUGAGAUUUCUGAGAAAUAUCAACAUUUCAUAAAUCCAGCGACAUGAGUUAGUCCUUUUCUCUCUGUCUUAGAAGUUAAAAAGAAAAGUAAAAAAAAAGAAAAGAAAAGUAAAAAAAAAAAAAGUUUUCACCUCAGCUGUUUAUUUAGACCUUAGUAUUUUCAUUUUGCUUUUUACUACAUUCAGUUCUCACUCUUUAUUUGUGCUUAUAGGAUACAAAGAAUAAACGGUUGUUAGAUGUCGACAUGAAGAGGUCCACACACUUACGAAUGGGAGGGAAAAAUGCCUUGUGUGAUCUUUGAGGUUUUGCUGGGCUUUCAAACUGCUGCUAGGUACUAGCGUCUUUGUUUGACAUCUACUGCACUUCACGUGUUGACGCGCCCUAUACAUUAUUAUUAUUAUUAUUAUUUUCUUUCGGAUGUGGAGCAACAAAUUCCUUUACAGCAAUUGUACAUAGUCUUACUCGAAGACAUGGUCCAUCUCGGCCAGGGGACAAAUGAUGAUAGUGUUUUUAUAAAUAUUAUAUAAAUAUAUAUAUAUGGACUGUUACAUGCACUUUCUUGAAAAGUUGGAAGAUCUUUUAGGGCCCAGUUUCUCUACAGUUUAAUACCUACUAACAACUACGAUACUGUAAUUCUUUACUCUAAUAAUCAAAUACAUCAGUUUUCCAAAA